AUGCAGAAUGUUGAUACUGGAAAUGCUCAAGCAUCAUUGCAGCAUUUACAUGGAGGUUAUAAAGCACUUGCAUCUUCUUCACAUAAUGUUGAUGCCAAUAACCAUGAUGUUCCAAGUGCAUCAAAUGAUUUGAAUAAUCCUGUCAACAACAUGCAGAAAGUGAUGCCUGUUUUAAAAGAAGGCCAAGAAUUUAAAAAUGCAAAUGCUUUCCACGAGGCUUUAAGGGAGUACGCUAUACGUUCAAAUUUCCAAUACAGGCGAACCAGGUCAGGCCAUGGCCGUUUUCAGGCGAAAUGCAUUAAAGAUGAUUGCUUAUGGUGUAUACGUGCAUGUAAGCUUCCUAACAAGCCUACAUUCAAGAUAAAAUUAUUGAAGGGAAACCAUACUUGUAAUGCCGCAAAUGAGCCAACAAUGUCAAACACAAAGACGCAUCAACAAGCCAAUAGGAAAUGGAUUGCAACUUUGGUCAAGGAUCGACUCCGGAAAAAUUUGGAUUGUACACCCAAAGAUAUCGUCGAUGAGAUUAGUCGAGAAUACAAGAUCGAAGUAAGUUAUGAUAAAGCUUGGAGGGGUAAAGAAUUGGCACUAAAAGAGAUGCACUUUGAAUUAUCCUAUCCAGAUCUUAGGAUGCUUUGCAAGGAUAUUGAGAUGACAAAUCCAGGAAGCAUGGCAAAGCUUAGCAGGUCAUCUGACAACUCAUUAAGACUUUUUAUUGCAUAUAAAGCUGCAGUUUGUGGUUUCAAGAAAGCAUGCCGACCAGUUGUGAGGCUUGAGCAUAUGAAGAAAGGAGGAGAAUACCCAGGUGAGUGGUUCUUCGCCUCGGCCAUUGAUGCUACCUGCGUUGAUUUCCCAGUCUCAUAUGCAUUUGUUGAAUCAGAGAGCAUAGAGAGUUGGAAAUGGUUUUGUGGGGAGUUGACUCAAGUGUUGGAAAGUAUAUCUGGAUUAACAUUUAUAUCAGAUAGGCAGGAAGGAAUUCUUGAAGAUGUUCGUGAUUUCUUUCCAUAUGCAUGUCAUCGUUACCGUCUCAAGGGGCUGUUUGAUGAAAUUCGGCAGAAGUUCGAAUGUGAUGAAUUGUUGGAUCUUUUUAGGAGUGCAACUUAUGCACCAUUUCAUUCUGAAUUUGAUGAUUGCAUGCGUCAGAUUCAGGGUAAAUAUAAAGAAGCAUGGAAUUUUGUAAAGGAUAUUAAUCCUAAGCACUGGGCCACAUCUCACUUUGAAGGGAAGUUUAAUGUUUACUGUGAUUACCUUCCAUUCCAUAUGUUGUAUAUGGUUGUGUGUUGGGGAAAUUGGCCUAUCACUCUUAGUUUGUUAAGGUUGCACGGUGAUAUCACAAGGGCAUUUAGCUGUAGAUUUGAAGAAAGUUCAGAGUGCACGACAAUCUUUGUCUCCUGUGUUCAAGAUGUUAUUUCUAGUGUAGAGAAAGACUCAGAGCGUUAUUUUGUAUCAGGUAGUGCAACAGAGUUCGAGGUUGUUGUGAAAGGUGAAGGGGCAUUUAAGGUGGAUAUUCAACGUGGAGCAUGCCCAUGUUUGUUCUCUCAAAGACAUGCGUACCCUUGCGAACAUGUUAUUGCAGCUAUCCUAUACAGUGGAUGUAAUGUGUAUGAAUUCCUUGAUUACUUCACUGUUGCCAAAUACCGGGAGACAUAUUCAGAGGUUAUUCAUCCAUUGACGUUUAAGCCUGAGCUCAUGAAGAAGAGAAAAUAUGUACAUCAUUAA